GGCUCUGUUCGGAUUUCAGGGACGGUUAUGAUGCGUCACCUGAGUAAGCAUGGAUAGCAAUGGAGACGAACAGUUCAGGUCGGACUAGCAGGGGAAAAACUUUGCUGUGAAAUCUUUUUUUUAAUGUGUGCCAACAUAAAGUGAGAUAGAUCCUAUACUAUUUACAACAAGCGCUAAAUACAACAGGACUCUCUGGUCAAAAGGUACAUUGCGUGGUUAUUUCUUUUUGCAUUGAUCUCCGAUAUUGCCAAGACGAAUUACCUGUGUAAGAAAUAAUCUUUAUUGAAUGAGCGCACGGUGCGACAGGAGUCAGCUUUGACUGAGGACAGUGAGCCUAGGAUGCUUUGGAAUCUGGACUGGGGUCCCAGAGCUAUAGUGGACCACGUUCUGUCACUUUAACCAUGUGAAAGAUCGGAGGCGGUGGAUUCUGCACGAUGUUAAGGCUGCUCCGACCUGUUUUAGUGCUGGCUUUUUUAUUUGGUUCUUUAAAAGCUAAAACUACGGAAUCGCCGUUUGACAUAAUCGGGGGACCUAUAUUUUUAACGGAACCUCCCUCCUCUCUAGACUUCGCCAACACCAAAGGCGCCUCCGUCCAAUGUACAGCUCACGGUCAGCCCGCUCCGACUUUGGACUGGGUAAAAGACGAUGAUACCCCCGUAGAAGAUGUAUCCCAAAUCCUCAAGGUUCUACCCAACAACACAUUGCACUUUUAUCCCUUUAAGCGGAGUGAUUUCCAAAGCAAAGUACAUGCAGCCUCUUACAGAUGCAUUGCAUCAAACAGCGGCGGCAGGAUAUCAAGCAGGAGCAUGCGCGUUAAAGCUGUUCGUGUUGAGGAUUACGUGACGUAUGACUUACAGUUGAGUGAUGUCUGGUCAGUACGGGGCAGCACCGCCGUCUUCAAGUGUAUCAUGAACCCAUACUAUGUGAAGGAUUACAUCCACGUGGUCGGCUGGUCAAAGGGAACGAAGCCUAUCCAAGCAGGGGACCGGAUAAGCGUUUUGUCUGACGGUGAACUCCACAUCAGAGACAUUCGGGAUGAGGACAAGUAUUCAAUGUACACCUGUGUGGCGCGAAACAUCCUCACGGGGGACGAAAAGCCUAGCAAGGCCGCUUAUUUACACGUGCAUGACCCACCGGCUAGUUGGACACCCCCAAAGAUCGACGACAUAAUGACACAACUGACUGUGAACGAGGGAGAGAAGGUAGAAUUGCCAUGUGUUGCAAGCAGCAACCCUCUCCCCAAAUACCGGUGGAGCUUCAGCAACAAGGAGCUUGUGAUUGACAGUGUAAGCAGGAUUCAGAGAGCUGGAAAUCUCGUGAUUGUUGACGCCAAAGUUACAGACAGUGGUGUUUAUAUGUGCAAUGCGUCCAAUAGUCAUGGUUCAGCGACCGGAACAACGCAACUGACCGUGCAAUAUCCCCUUUCCGCAACUAUUGACCCACAGCAACAAAAAGUCGACUCAAACCAAUCGGCGAUUUUCAACUGUACGGUUUUAGGUCAUCCAAUCAAAUCAGUUUUCUGGAUGAAAGAUGGAUUCAAAAUUUCACCUAAUCAAAAAGUUAGAAUAACGGACCAAUCGGUGCUGACUAUUCAUGCCGUGAACAAGAAAGAUCAAGGAAUGUACCAAUGUGUUGUCAAGAAUGAAGAGACCAGCAGUCAAGGAACAGCCCAGCUGCUUCUAGGAGCCGCCCAUCCCACUUUUGUGGACACGUUUAUUAAUCAGUAUGCCCAGACUGGCCAAAAGACAUCAAUCCGUUGUAUUGCAACCGGAAAUCCGACUCCGGAUAUCCGAUGGAAACUCGACGGUGAAAUUCUCACCGAAAAUUCAGACAUCAAAAUCGGGAGCUUCCUGAAUCCUGCCGGUGACGUUGUUAGUUACGUUAAUAUUUCUAACGUUCAUCUCCAUUAUGGCGGCGAGUACCAAUGCAUCUCGUCUAACGAGGUCGGGGAAAUACAUCACGUGGGCCAAAUGUUUGUUUAUGGUGUUCCGUUUGUUAGACCUAUGGAAAACGUGACCACUACUGCUGGAAAGAACUUUUCUAUACGAUGUUAUGUCGCUGGAUAUCCUGUGUCUCAAGUCACGUGGUCAAAAGGGCAUAAUGUUCUUCCCAAGAACCACCUCCAAAAAGUUGUCAAUGACACCCUGUUUAUCGAGGGGGUACAGAAGGAUCAUGAUGUUGGGGAGUACACCUGCACUGCCAAGAAUUCUAAUGGACAAGGGUCGUACCGCCAUGUCUACGUCAAUGUUGUGGAGCCCCCAGUAAUUGAUGCUUUUUCCUUUGAGAACAAGAAACUUGGGGACAGAAUUGUUGUGACAUGUGCAGUCAAAACAGGUGACCAGCCAUUACACAUUGUGUGGACCAAAGAUGGAGAAGUUAUUCCCCCAGAUUUAGGCAUUCAAGUACAGAAACUGAAUGACUUCAUCACCAUGCUGUCCAUAGGAGACGCCAACCCCAAACACAACGGGAACUACACUUGUCAGGCCAGCAAUGCCGCCGCUACCACCAACUACACAGCAACAUUGCGUGUUGAUGUCCCUCCAAGAUGGGUCAUGGAGCCUGGAGACUCAUUUGUAAUCCUGAAAAACUCAGUCUCACUAGAUUGUCUCACCACAGGUUCUCCCAAACCGACCAUCCAGUGGAAGAAAGCAAUAGGUAAAAACCCAGGGCACUACCAAACAAUUCGCUAUGUUGCCAAUGACAAUGCCACAACUGCCUCCAAGCAGCUGUUUAGUAAUGGAACCUUGGUCAUCAGAAAUGCCAAAGAGGAGGACCAUGGAUAUUAUCUCUGUCACUCAAUGAACAAUGUUGGACCAGGAAUUAGCAAAGUCAUUUUUCUCCGCGUUCACAUUCCUGCACGGUUUGACGAAGUGGAGAAAAACUACACAGUGAUAAAAGGUCAGAACAAGACAAUGGACUGCCAGGCCAUCGGGGACCAGCCCCUGUCUGUCACCUGGAGCUUCAACGCCCAGACCCUUAGCACUGCUGGCAUGACCAGUAGAAGGCUGAUCACUACAACCCAGACAUCACGAGGGAAGUUAUCAGCAUUGACCCUCCGUCCUGCAGAGAGAGGAGACACUGGCUUCUAUGUCUGUACAGCAAAAAACAAGUUUGGAAAUGCAGUCUUAGCCAUGAGAUUAGUUGUGCUGGAACAACCAGAGUCACCCCAGAACUUAACCUUGGUCAAGAAGACGAGUCGCACCAUCAAAGUGAAAUGGCAGCCUCCUUAUGACGGAAAUAGUCCAAUAUUGUUCUACUCUGUUCAGUACAAAGAGCAAAAAGCGGUGUGGCAAGGUGUUAUACCAAAUGUGACUGUAAGUUCUGAUCAGCUGAUCGCAUCCAUAUCUGACCUACAUCCUGCCUAUGUGUACGAAGUCCGGGUGCUAGCAAAUAACUCUAUUGGAUAUGGUAAAGCCAGUGGAAGUCUCAUCAUCAAAUUGGAUGAAGAAAAACCAUCAGGGCCACCCACAGAGGUCAAUGUCAAGGCUAUUGGGUCCGAGUCUCUCCGGAUAUCAUGGAUGCCUCCUUUACCAGAUCAUCAAAAUGGAGAGAUUUUAGGAUACUACAUAGGAUACAAGGAGAAGGACAGUCAGUCCCGAUUCAUCUACAUCACUAAAUCCAUUGACGGAGAGUUUCUGCCAGAGGUGGACAUUCACAACCUAGAGAAAUUCACGGAGUACACAGUUCAUGUCCAGGCCUAUAACCAGUUAGGGAGGGGUCCUCCGUCCCCUGAUGCUCAGGUCUUCACCUUGGAAGACGUUCCCAGUCAGCCACCACAAGGAGUGCAGGCGACCGCCAUCAACUCCCGCAGUAUCAAGGUCGUCUGGUCCCCACCACCCCUCUUCACACUCCACGGAAUACUGCAGGGAUACAAGAUCUAUUACAAACCUGUGCGCUUUGAUGAAGAUGAAAGUGACUCCAAUGCUGUAGUGUCAUCAGAACUAGAGGCCACCAUUACUGGUCUGUCCAAGUACACAAACUACAGUCUCCAGGUGCUGGCCUUCACCAGGAAGGGAGAGGGGGUCCGCUGUGAGCCGCUGUUUGUGUUGACACAACAAGACGCUCCCGAGCGACCAGCAGACAUUAAAGCUCUCCCUGUCAGUAACACUUCUGUAAUGGCGUCAUGGAAACCACCUCUCCACAGCAAUGGAAUUCUCACAAAAUACAAUGUCUAUGUCUACAACAGCACUUCUACUGAGUUGAUGAGUAAACUAGAGUUACCUCCCGUGAAGACCUCAUACUACAUGAACAACCUGUCACUGAAUGAGGAGGUCCGAUUUGAGGUGUCUGCCAACACCAUCAUAGGGGAAGGGGAGAGAACCCACAGUGUCACCACUGCUCCCCAGGAAAAAGUGGCUGCUCGCAUUGCCAGUUUUUCAGCUGUUAUGUUGAUACCAUGGCAACAUACUUUGACUUUGCAGUGUUUAGCAGUAGGGGAUCCUGCUCCCAUUAUUAAGUGGAAAAUACGGGGAAGACCUUUAAUUGUGAAUGAGCGAUUACAGAUUCUGAAGAAUGGUUCUCUGCAUAUAAAUGGCGUCCUCGGUAGUGAUGCAGCUAACUAUUCCUGUCGGUCAGAAAAUGUCUACGGCUCUGACGAAAUUAAUUACGCAAUCAGCGUUCAAGUCAGUGAUAAGUUGGCAACUCCCCCAAAACCCCCAAGUUUGUAUGUUGUUGCCACGACAACCUCCACUAUUCAAAUGAACUGGAGAUCUGGCAGUAAUGGUGGAAGUCCAAUUCAAGGUUUUGUGAUUCACUUCAAGAAGGACCAUGAGGUAUGGCAGAAGAUCCACGCUGGUCCGACCAACCGAACACAAACGGUGACUGGUCUGCUGUGUGGUACCACCUACAAGUUCUACAUCAACGCCCUCAAUCGUCUCGGAUACAGCCCCGACAGUGACAUCAUGUCCGUCAAAACCAAUGGCUCUACGCCAAUUAUGCCCCCACAAAGCAUGCUAUUGAAAGUCAUCAAUGUGACGUCAGUUGACCUUGACCUCAAUACUUGGAUCACAUCAGGCUGUCCAAUUCGUUUUUUCUCUGUCCAAUAUAAAGUAUGGGGAGAUACAGCAUGGACGGAGGUGUCCAAUAACAUCCAAAGCAACAAGACAAUCCACACUGUUGAAGACCUUCACCCUGCCACCUGGUACGUGAUGAAGGUCAUUGCUCACAGUGAUGCCGGAUCAACAGAGAGCGAGCUCAAGUUUGCCACCCUCACCUAUCAUGGCCAUACCAUCACACCUCUGUUCAUCACAAAGAAGGAGGAGAGUAACUUCUAUGAGAAGACAUACAUCAUGAUUCCUCUCUGUUUUGGAAUUGUUGCUUUCCUCAUUCUCAUAAUUGCAGUAUUACUCUACAUGAGGCGUAGAAGGGAGCUCAUUCAAAUGAAAGAAAGUGCCUCAAACUUGAGGAGAGACAUAACUGCUGAGACUUCCUUGAUGAAUGACCUUGACAAACGUUUCAACUUUGACUUUGAUGGAGGAAAUACUGAGCCGUACGGCAAGAGGAAUGUCAACUUGCUGAUUUCAUUCAACUCUGAUGAGAAUUUGACCAACAACAGUCCUACAUGGCUGAACAAUGGAUCCAGCAAGACUAACAGUGACAAUGGGUCCAUCAGCCGCUCAGAAGAUGAUGGAAACAUCAACCCGUAUGCCACAUUUAACCAGAUGAAGCAGGUGAUCAUGGAGAAAGAACAGCAGUCAGAGCGAGACAAAUCCCCAGACCUGGAUGACAUCAGUCUGCAGAAACUCGAAGCUCAAAAAGCAAUGAUAUCUCCAUCGGAACCCUAUGUGCCUUUCUUUCAUGCUAAGGGAGACAAUGGAGAUGUUGCCAAAGACCCCCAUCCUCCGCUCAUUCCUCUCAAGACGACCGAGGGCUACGACAACCAAGGACUUAUUCUGAGCCCCAGGAAGUAUGCCAGCGCUGACCAGAUCCAUGCCCUGUUCACCCAGGUCCCAGCCAGACCCCACAGCUCCUACAGCAAGUCCAAGAAAUGUCCCUCCAGCUCCGACGAAAAAGGAAGCCAGAGACAGAGCAUAAUCUCCAGUGUGACCACGGUCUCCUCCAGUCGAGAUGAGCUGCUAGAGGCCCUAGAGAAUGCCAAACACAACCCCCCACCCCCAGUAGUGUACGAGUCUCAGCCUGAGUCCAGCUCACAGCCUACAGACAGCUCAGUGGGCACCGAGCCAGGAAUCGUCAAGUUCACUCAGUCACCCCCCAAACCUAACGAACAGAGGGAGGCUUCCUGUGAAGUCCACUAUACCAGUGACAUGAAACCAACUAUAAAGAGAUCUCGCAAAGAAGCUGAGAGUGACACCACAGAGUGUGAGACUAACGAGAGACCCACCCAGCCCCGAAGGAUCAAGGGGCGGCGAAACAAACAGAGGAAUCAGCUGACCAAGAGGCAGGUCAUGCCCAGCUAUGUACCAAGGACCCACAGUCGUACCAGUACCACUAGUAGUGAAGAGGUGACCUACACCUUCCAAGGUCGUCAGUCUCCCCACAGUCCCCCCAGGGGCUACUCCUCCUACCUACCCGACAGCCAGCUGCCAGAGUCGGACAAAACACCAAUGAGAAGAGGGAGAAGAACCCCUCACGCCAAGGUGAAGUAUGACCUGUCCCUACAGACUCCGGGCACGGACGAGAGCCGACCACUAGUGAUGGCGGUCGCCCAGCCGUCCAUGUCCAGUCCUAACGAAGAGGACGAGGACUCAGCAACUGUCAGUCUCCUUAACAGACAUUACCGUCCAGUGGAACAAGAGGAGGGCGAGAUGACAGGACAACAGAAGUCACGGGACAAAGGAUACAGAGAAGACUUCACACUGGUCUAGAAUGGCACUGAUAGGAGGACAAAUGUACAGGUUUCCAUGGUGACAGGUUCAUAAUUAUUGUCUCAGCUGGCAUGAGAGGAUAAUUCAAACAUUUCAUGAUUCAUCGAUAUCACUUCCACUAGAGCUUAAGUAUUCAUGAAGUGAAGGAUACAGAUGUCUUAUGCUUUUUUUUUUAACCCAUCAUAAUCACAACACAACUGUUCUAAAAACUGUGAAGCAUAUCAGCUUUUGAAUUAAAGCAGUAUUGUUUGCUUGUUAAUUGACCCCUAUGUAUUGCAUCUGCUUGGCAAAUCACUCUGUUUCAUUCAACUGAUAUUGAGAGGAUUUACGGGUGUGAAAUGCCAAGACGUUUUGAGGUGCUACGGUUGUGUUGACCUUGUUGUGUCACUUGAUUAAAAUACAUUUAUUGCCUUCAAAGACUGAAGAGCUUCGGGAGAGGAAGAUGGUUUAAAAGUUACGUAUGCAUGUGCCGAAGGUUGUGACUGCAAUCACAGACAUUGGACUUCCAUUAACAGGAAGUGUGCAGCAGAUAUCCAAACUGGCGCAGAACAACACCAAUAAAGAAACUUCAAAAAGUUGUGAUAAUCCAAAAUAACUUCUCGGGGAAAGACAGGAGAGAAAUACACUGCAAUGUAUUCCAUGUUGUGUAGACUUGAGCAUUGUGAACUUCGUCCUGUGUGUGCUUCAAUACAAGCAGUUUGUACGCGGUAAUCAGUUGACAGUAUUCAUGAUUUGUUCCCUAGAUCUAACCAGUCCCUUUAGUUUCAGGUUUAUGUGUCUCUUGCAAUUUUAGUUAUUGGUGCAUUUGUUUCAAUACAUGUUUAUAGAUGUAAAAUUCUAAAAUUAAUAUACAUGUACUUUACAAAUAUAAAAUAAUGAUGUCUAUAUUUACUGCAUGAUAACAAAUGAUACAAUUGUUAUUCUUAUGCCAAAAUUGAGAAUCUCAGUCGAGAUAUAAGAUUUUGUUAUCCAGGUGAUAUUCUUGAAAAUUUGGGUUUUUCUGUAACAAUCAAGCUGAUACAAACAGCAUUAGAAGAACAAAAGAUUUCAAUGUGUACAUAAAUGAAUAUUUACGGGGAUUGUAAAGACAGUAUUGUUAAGAUUAACCAUAUUAGUUUCAACGUAUUGUGUCUCUUGUAUAUUGAAUUUAAACUUUGUUAAACCUGAAUUUGUGAGAUUUUCUUUGUAUAUCAUAAUAGAGGGCAUCCUUACAGUGUGUGCUGGUUGUACGUAUACCUUUUCUGGUAUUUGAAUGAAGGUAUACAAAUAAUGCCAAUGUCCUGGAUAUAAAUAUCUAGUAGUUUUAUAAACAAGCCAUUUUAUUGUUUGAUAUAUUCCACAGCAUAUGGAUGGUUCCAUGAACAGAGGUCCAAGCAAUUACUUCCUUAUUUUGUGUGAUGUCAUCAUAGUUUUACCUAUAGUGAUUGAUGAUACCAUAUCCAGCACACAGAAUUUUUUUUAUUAAAAAUUUCAUUUGUAUGCAUUUAUCAGAUAAUUGUAAUUUGCUCAUUAUUAUCAGUUUUGUUUCUUAUUCUUAUGUUGAGUUACUGGGAUUUUUAUUUUGUUUGCUCUGUAUGAUUUUAUACCUCAGCUGUUCCUGCUAACCUCUAGUCGUCUCACUGCCAAUUUAUUCAUCAAGUUGUACAGGUAUUUUGAAAACUUUAUUUAUACGAUUAUAUUUUCAUUUAGUUUGAGUUUUUAUUCAUUUUAUUUGAGAUUUAUUUAUUUGUAUAUAAUUCAUAUUUUUGUUUAAAUAAGAAAACCCUAUAUCCCACCCUGAAUUUGUCAUGAGGUUUUUUUAUAUAUGUCAGUCAUAUUAUAUUAUAUGUAUUGAGCCUUUAAGGAGACUAUUUGGAUUUGAAUGGGAAAAAAGUUGAAAAUAUUAAAUAUUAAUAUUAGUGUGCAUUGGUUCUGUUACUCUGACUAUUUCUACAUGUGUUGUGUUAAUAUUUAUCAUAUGUUUGUUAAAUGUUUAUUGAUUUUUGCCUCGUGUGGGAUGUGCAAUAUAUUUGUAAUUUGAGAAGUCUGUGUACAGAAAAAUGUCACAAAAUGAAUGACAUAAGGUACAUGCAUUUUACCUUUACUUAUAAAUCUUGUAAAUCAUUUGGAAAUAUUUUCAAAAGUUAAGAGGGACAAAAUAUAUAAUUUAUGUUUUUGUCACAAUGAAAAGUUAAAAUUUAAUUCUUAUGAAAUGAGUUUAUCAUAUUAUGAAAAAUGUAAUUAGGGAUGGGGAAGGGAGUUAAUCUCGUUGGGUAUUCAAGUAUUUUCCCUUAAAUGUGGCCAGUCUCCUUUACAAUGUAUAUGAACAGAAAUAUGGUAGAGAAUAAAAUAAUGUCUACAAGUUGUGUAUUAAAUAUAAAGUUAUGGACAUGGAACACUAAGGACAGACAACCCAUUCUUCUUGUGUUUCAUUUAUUCUUAGAGAGUUUUGUCAUGCCAUUGUUUUAUCUGGUGCAAUAGAAUGUUUUUCAAUAAAUAUGUCAAAUAAA